UUGUUAACUGAGAGAGAGAGUCAGCACAGCCUUGGCAGCCUGAGUUCAUACGGCUCAAGCGAGAGUGAACCCAAAUCUGCGCAGUCUGACCCUGGAAGGUACACUCAGGAGAAGUCACGCUUUACGUUUACUCACAAAGACAGCUCAGGCUCUCUCGCAUCAGUCAAGUCAGUCUCAAGUUUAGAGUCAUGUGGCAAUGGUUUGGCAGAUGAAGAGCUCCUGGAAGCAGCUGAGAUACCCCUCGAUGGUCGUGUGUUCCUGAGUGUGAGCGUCCCCUCAACGGAGGUUCAUACUGAGCCAGGAGGAUCACAGUACACUCUCUAUACUAUUCAGUAUGAUGCUAUUUACCUGUGUGAGAGUGCAGCAACACCCCAGACAGAAGUGGCAGAGGAGGUGGCGAAGGAACCUUUGGCAGUUCCAGAGCCACGGAUGGUCCUUCAAACAAACUGUGUGAAAAGGAGAUUUCGUGAGUUCCUAACCCUGCAUGCAGCACUGGAGGAAGAUUCCAGACUACGAACAGCAAUGAAGGGAGUCAAGGGCCCCAAUAAAUGGCUCAACUUACCCUUCAGCAAGUUGGACUCCACAACCAUUGCUACACGGAAGCAGUUCCUUGAAAAAUAUCUUCAGUCAGUGAUCCAGAGGCCAGAGGUGAAUAUAUCAACCCCGGUCAAGGAGUUCCUUGCGUAUGGAUCAGAUUCUUCAGUCUCAUUUGUCAAGAAGCCCCUGGAGCUGCAUGUUCCUCGUCUGGACAAGCUCCUGGCAAAGACAGUAUCAGGUGUCUUCCAUAGCCUUAAAACGGCUCUUCCGAGCUUCGAGUCCUCAGACACAAGCACAGCAGGAGAGUCUGCGGGGAGCCUUGGAGUGAACGGAGGUGCAGGAGGAGAUGGCAUGUUGAAGAGCAAGAGUGGAGGGGUCCUCAGCGAGCGAAACAAACUGGCUGCUUUUCUCUCCAGUGGCAACAAGGCAGAAUAUGAGCUGAAACUGGAUAUCACUGCAGAGGAAGAGGAAUGCCUGAUUGAGGAAGCAUUAAUGGUUGAAAUUUCUGGCUCCGAGAGGGACGAGUUAGUGGACACAGCUUAUGAAGCAAGAGAGUCACGCAACCUCUUCUCUCCCGUUCUUUAUAAAAGGAUUCAGCUCCAACAGCAACAGGAGCAGCAACAGUCAGUACAGCAACAGUCUCCAGAACAGCAGCUUCACCAACACCAGCUUUCUGUUGUUGUGGGGAGAGGAAAUGCUGCAUAUACGGCUCCCCCCUCACCUGCCUUCCAUGCAGUUCCAUCUCCUAGUGCCACAUCCAAAGAGGAAGCUUGUGAUGCUCUGUCACUGACAAGGAGAGAGAGCCAAGAAGAUUCUCCAAAUGAGGGAGAGGAGGACUGUGCCUGGCAGAAAUGGCCCCUCUCUGUGGGUGUGAUGGAUGCUGUGGUGGAGAUCCUCUCGCCUUCAGAUCACCCAAUCACUCAUCAGCCAUGCGUUACUCUUCUCACUCUCACUGCAGCACGAAUCACUCACAGAUGGCUACAGGCAGAAUUAGAGCGCUUAUCUUCUGAGCCUCAAAUGACAGAGUAUAUCCAUGCCUUGAGAGAAGCAAUUCUCAAUGCAGAAGAGAGCACACCAGAACCAGAACCCAGUGACACAGAGGCAUCUCGGGCACAGCUUCAAGAGGCUUUGAGCAACUUCAUUCCAGGGUUCUUGAAGAUGAUGCUAGGCAAGGAGCUGACGCAGCAGGCAAUCAUGCGCAUGGUUGACUCAAUCCAGUACCCAGCAGUAACAGCAGACCUGGCCCUCCACAUCUUAGACCUCCUGGUCAUUCGCCUGAUCCCUGUUGCUCCACUCAUGCUUUGAACCACUGCCGAGGGUGCCCAAGGAAGCCCUCAACAAGAACAGUGCCACAUGUGAUAGAAAUAGAGUGUUAGCAGAAGUGUCUGCAGACAGCGUAUUGGCAGUUUUUGAAUACGAAUGAGAAGUGUGUUCACAGCUUUCAAAUUCUAAGAAGUCAGUUGUUUCCUUAUGAAAUUGAAAUGGAAUCUGAUGAAAACCAGUGUUAUUGUAAUCAGUAUACGUUGACAUCCGUCAUGUUCGUGCACUCUGAUCUUAUUUAUGGCUAGCUCAUCCUAGAAAAUAGUGAAUUGGCUGAGCAUGGAAUUAAACUGGUUAUGUGCCAUUUGAUAAUCUACAUAAAGUGUAAUGCAUGAAAGGAAAAGAAAGUGUUGUUUGUUUUACUGAAUUAUGGUAUAUGUGAAUAUGUAUUGGAAAUGAUAUAGCUGCCCACUUUAUUUGAAACUGAACAGUUAGUUACUAUUGCAUAAAGUGAUCAGUAUUGUUUGUUCAGUUAUUAUCUGACAGACAUGAAAAUAUAAUUAUUAGCCACAGAAAGAAAUCCAGGAUUUUUGAUUCUGUAAUAUUACAGAGGAUACAUGAUCCUGGAAACAAAAGUCUUGUAGCAAAUGACAGCCUAAGAAUGCAUUUUGUUGCACGUAUGAAGAUUUUGGGAAUUACAAAAAAAUAAAAUAAAAUAAAGAAGAAGGAAGGGAACGAAGAAAAGUAAUGGACCGUAAGGGAAAUGUAUAAGCAACUAAAGGUAGCCUAAGUUUCUUCUGGUAAUCAGUGCUUUGGAUCUCUCUGUCUUCCUCUCAGGAACACGUAUGUCUGUAAAAGCAGAGAAGGUGUUGUGGCACUUGUACAAGCACAGCUGAGUAACAAAGGAAACAUAUCUCCCCCCCAAAAAAAGUGAAUUCUAGCCACUUGGUUUUCUGUCAGUCUUGCUCUUUUGCAACAUAUUUAUUUAUUAGAUCUUUUUCUAAAAGUGGCACUAUCUCUAAAUCCAUUAUGAAGGGAAUCAGUAUUAUUAUUAUUAUUAUUUUAUUAUUAUUAUUUUUUUAUAUGUGUCAUUCCUGCCAUCAUUUUUGCCAUCUUCAUCAUCAAGGAAUCAUCAUCCUUAUGCUCAUUGUCACUGUCAUAUCGUCACCACUGUCAUUGCCAUUUUAGUCAUUAUUGGUAUGACUUUUGUUUGAUAGUUUUAAUCUAUACUAGUCUCAUUAUUUAUUUUUCUGUUUUGUUAUUUGACUGUUUACUUAUUAAUACAGGAGUUGUUUAUAAGAUGAUUGCAUGUUGCUUACAGCUAUAUCUAAAUUUGCAUUUUAUUUUCGUAAUGUCUUUUAUUACAUUCUAUUUAUUACAUAGCUUUGCAUUCAUUCUUUUUUUUAUGUGUUUUGAAUUAAUGUGGUUUAAAUUAUGAAGUGUCUAGUCUAUUCUUGAGGAGUCAUUAUAUGUUAACACAAUAUUUGUGUAUUAUCCCUUUCCAUUUAGUUUUGUUACUGUGAGGUACUGAAUCUGAAAGGUUUAAAGAAUUACACAAUGUUAAUAUAAAUCUGUUCUGUGAUUCUUGUAGAUAAUAGAUGUAAAAUUUUUGUUUUGUUUCUUGUAAUUCUUGAUGCUGCUACUGCAGUGUAUAUCUCUCUUAAGUUAGGUAGAAGAAGGAUUAUAAUGAUAAAUUACAUUUUUUAUUGACACAUAACUAGGGUUACUAAAUACUUUUGGUGUCUUUCCUUUUCAUAAACAAAGUCCAGUGAUGAUCGCUCUGUCUGUCCCUAUCUCUCUUUCUCGACCUUGCUGUCUCUGCCUAUCUCUCUGUUCUUGUCUCACUGCCUCUGUAUACCUCUCUGUCUUUGUCUCUCUUUCUUUUUUUCCUUGAAAUGGACCCCAAACUUUUAUCCCUAGUAGACAAAGAUCUCACACAAAACAUUCCUUCCGCAACUUCCAAAGCCAGAGGUCUGCUAGCGUUGGAACAAAUCUCACCGUUUUUCCCAGCCUGCAGAGUGUGUGGCUCGAUCUUCAGCCACCAGAAGGAUCAGAAGUCGGUCCCAAGUAUAUAUUUCUACAUGUCUCAUGCUAGUUUAUUGAGUGGACAGUAUAGUUCAGUGUGUGAUAGAAAGCAUUUUGUACAAAGUAGAAUAAUGCUAUGUAAGUAGUCUAUUUGGUUAUAUGUUUCUAUAGAAAGCUGAAAAUUCAUGAAAAUAGUAUAUUUUAAGUCUAUGUCUGUAGUACUGCAUUUAGUUGAGAAGUCAUUACACUGAUAGUAAACGUAGGCAAUAUUUAAGGAGCUCCAAAUGUAGCAUAGCAGUAUAUAUAGAUAUGAAAAUAAUUUGUAAUGGUUUAGUAUAUGUAGAUAUGAUAGAUUUCUAUUUUGUGAAAAAGAAACAAGCAUCAUGAAUAGUUAAUUUCUUGCAGAGAAGUGUAUGCUGUGUGUCCAUAUAUAAAUCAUUAUAAUGUAGCAUUAAUUGAAUGUAUGACACUGGUAAAUGGGAGAAUAGCUUUAAGAUUUCUUCUCUGUGAAUAUGAUAAAAAUAAGUACUGAUUCUAACCAAUGACCUAAUGAAGAAAAAAAAAAUCAUAAAAUGUUAUUUGAUAAAAAUUAUUGUUUACAGGAGUUUAAGAAUAUUGAAGCAAAUCUGACCCUCAUCCCUUUUGACACCUUUUUGUGUUUGCUUGUUUGUAAAGUUCAUCUUUAUUUGAGCAGGAGCAUAGAACUGGCAACCUUCAAAGUAUCAUUACACUGUCUGUAAAAAGAGAAUGCGAGUAUAAUGUUGAAUCUAUCCUCUGUUUUUAGUUCUUCAAGUUCUCCUGUAUCUUUGAUAUCUUUGAGCCUACCUCCCCCUAAUGAACAAUGAAUGUAGAGACCUCAGACCAUAACCAUGAACUGAGCAGCUUGUAUUUUGCACAUGGAUUUCAACUUACCUUUGGAACUGAUGUCAUGUGUUUGCUUGGAUGCUGUGCAUGCAAGCACCCCUUUUAGCUCAAGGAAGGUGAUGCUGAUUCAGACCUGGUGAAUGUGAACACAAUAAUUGCAAGGGCUUCCUUCUGCACUGAUCCCUGGUGGUCCAGUGCCUUUCUCCAUAUUUUCCUCCCCCCCCUUAGACUUAUAUUCUGGUAGAGUUUUUUUAAUACCCAGCUGAUGUCAGAAUACACAAGAAACAUAAUUGCAUUACGAUAUGGAGUAUGAACACACAUUUUUAUCUGCCUAAGAUAUUCUGUAUGAAAACUACUAGAAUGAUUGCAUUAAGCUUACCAUGGCAGAGGUGACAAAGGUACUAGAUGAUUGUUCAUUUUGACUUUAUUGCUUUUGUUUCCCCACUUUUCUGUUGAACUUUUUUUUUCAAAAGGAUGGAGACAGUAACAGUGUUGUGUUAAGGCUGUAGACCAGUGUGUAUCUUACAUUGUCUUUCUCAAGAUCUCAGAAUAAUGUAUUUUAUGUUGUGAGAAAUGACAAUUUAUGAUGUAAAUGUUUCAUUAGGUGCAUUCUAUUGCAACAAAUAUUUUUAUUAUGAUAAAUUGAUCGAUUUUCGUAAAUGGUUCAUUAAAAAUAAUCAAGAAUAUUUUUUUCCUUUCUAUGUUAUUUAGCAUGUCAUCAUAUUAAUAACUGAAUAUAUAUAUAUAUAGUCUUUAAAAGGUAUUCAUAAAGUAUGCAUGGAUUGCCCUGUAAAAUGGUUGAUUUAAAGAGCCGAGAUAAUUAUUUGAAUUAAUGCAUGAAAGACACUCAUAAAACAACUUGAAAAUAUCAGAUAGGUCUGUAGUAUUUAGUAAAAAAAAAAAAAUCAUAUGUUCUGUAUACACCUGUGCAUAAAACUACAAUAUGUGACCAAAAAUAAUGAGAGGUUAGGGAACCAAGUGGAAGGAUACAGGGAAAGUCAUAAAUACUAUGAAAGAAUUAAUUUACUGAUAGAUUUUUUUUCUUUCUUGACUUCAUUUAGAGGUCCCUAUAAACAGAGCAGCUUUGCAGUUAGUGAUUUCUACUUUUGUGCUUGAGUACCCACAAAAUUAAAGGAGAAAUUGAUGUCUUUGUAUAUUUCAAGCACUUCAGUCCAGCCCAAUAAUUGAUGCCUAUAGGUAACAUUCUUGCUCAUAUAAUAUAUGUGAAAUAUACUUCAUGCAGUUGUGUUUCAGAAAGUUUAUACUGUUGUAAGUCAAAAAUAUAUAUACACACAUCUUUCUGCUAACUGUGUCCAUGAAAAUAAUAUUAGCCUAUUGUUGGUUAUUGAAGAUGGCAUGGUAGGUAAUGACCGUACAUGUACAAGCAUUGACAUUUUCUGUUUAGUAUUUUUCAGAGAUUGUUGACAGAAAAAUGGCAUAUUCCUUUGACAAAAUUCAAUCAAAACAUAUAGAGUGUGCUUCAGUAUUUCAUUCUGGACAUUUUCUUUAUUGCAAAGUUUGAUCGUAUAGAACAGGUAAUGAUAAAUUUGUAAACUAAGUUUAUUUCAGCUUUUACCAAUAGGUAAAUCUCCAUUUGAAACACAUAUAUUCCUUGAUUGUUAUAUUCAUUGGAAAAUGGCAGCAAUUCAAAUCACAUAGAUGUAGCUUUGUAUUGUACAUAAUAAACAUCUCAAUUUAUAACAUUUUAAAUUUGCAUGAGAUUCUGCCUUCAUUUACACUUAAAUUAUAAUGUAGCAUUAAACCUACUACUUUGCAACAUUUUAUAAUUAAGAAAAAAUGUAAGAAACUUGUAUAUCAAUUGAUCUCUGUAAACAUCAGCUUUACUAACACUUAGAGAGGAUACAGAUAUUUGUCAAGAAAUUUAUCCCUUCUCCAGAUCAACUGUAAAAAUCCUUUUGAUAUCAUACCUGUAUGUGAAGAUUUAUUGUAUAUUUGCCUGAGGAGGGGUUUAUAAAGCGAGCAAGAGGUUCCAGCAGAAUGAUGUUUAUGUGUUUGUGAUUCCUAAAGCUGUCGUAUAUUCAGUGCACCAGUGAAUAUAUGUACCCCGCGAAUGUGCGUGUUUCACCUCAGUGGUACACAAGUAGUAGAUGACUGGAUGCUCGACACUGGGUGAUUCUUGUAGGUAUAUUAUUUUUAUUUUCCUGUGAUAAUGGAAUUAUUUUUUCAAUGUGAAUAAAUGGUGAGUAUAUUA